AUGUACGACUCCUAUCGUCCACACCCUCUCCUUGCCCAGGUCCCAUUGACCGUCUCACCCUUCAUCAACCUCCCCACCUCCGUCACCUUACCAUACACAUAUAAAUCCGUCUCCUCGAUCCUUCCGCCCUCAAUAACAGUGGAUCCAAGCAAUCCAGAUGGGAAAGCCCGCUAUGUCGUAUCUUCCAGCGGAGAACACGCAGCUCACCCGGACGACAUCUUGGCCGCUUGUCAUUCCCUCGAAAAACACCUGAACAAGACGCGUAGUGAUGCCGAGCAAGCGAUUGAGGUUUGGAAAGAGUCUAUCAAACAACGCGAGCUGGCUGAGAAGAGACGCUUAGCCCCUGGGUGGCUGGACCGCGAGGAGAAGUUGCUUCAGCCUAGCAGAGCCGGCAUGUCCCCUUCACAAGGCGACCAGCAAAGUCUCUUGGAUAGCUCUUCUCCUGAUCAAGGCUCCUCGCAAAUGCCAGCUAUACAACCUCAUGAUGAAGGAGAGGAACUCGACAAGGCAUUUGGUGGGCUCGGUGUGAAAUGA